GCAUUUUCUUUGGGUUUGUCCUAUCUUUCCUAACUUUACUGAAGGAAAAAAGAUAUACCUAAAAUUCCCAAUGGCAAUCCUACUCUGAUAAAUGCCAUUGAACACCAUUGGAAUAUACCAAAGGAGUUAUAAGUCUCUUGAAUCCCAAAAUCUCAUUUUGGGGGUUUUAUCAGAAGAUUUACAAAAUGAAUUCUUGUAUUUGUAUCACACCAAAGCCUCUCACAUUCAUUGGAGAAUGCAAAGGGAAAGUAUUUCCAAAACAAUUCACAGUUAUAAUGAGCAAAGGUGGGGUAAUUGCAGCUCCCAAAAGCUCUCAGACAUUAAAGUUUCCAACUUUAUCAAAACAAGGCAUUCCUCUGGCUGAUUUGAACGUCGAUGAGAUCGUGGAAAGACAAUCUCAGUCCAACCAUUUCUUGAAGAAGAUGCAAUUUCACCCUUCAUUUCUUGAAGAAGCUUAUGAGAGUUGCAGGAAAAUCUGUGCAGAAUAUGCCAAGACUUUCUAUUUGGGAACUCUGCUCAUGACAAAGGAGCGACAGAGAGCAAUAUGGGCAAUAUAUGUUUGGUGUAGGAGAACAGAUGAACUUGUGGAUGGCCCCAACGCUGUGUAUAUGAAUCCAAAAGUUCUUGAUCGAUGGGAAGAACGUUUGGAAGACAUAUUUGAAGGGUGUCCGUAUGAUUUGCUGGAUGCUGCUUUGAGUCACACAGUGUCGAAAUUUCCCAUAGACAUGAAGCCAUUCAGGGACAUGAUUGAAGGGAUGAGAAUGGAUACUAAAAAGUGUAGAUAUGAGAAUUUUGAAGAGCUGUAUUUGUAUUGUUAUUAUGUGGCUGGAACUGUGGGACUAAUGAGCGUACCUGUUAUGGGAAUUGCACCUGAUUCUUCACUUCCUACUCAGACUAUCUACAGCGCUGCUAUCCAUUUGGGAAUUGGAAAUCAACUUACCAACAUUCUAAGAGAUGUAGGAGAGGAUGCUACAAGAGGCAGGGUAUAUCUUCCUCAGGAUGAGCUUGCACAGUUCGGGUUAUGCGAUGACGAUAUAUUGACAAUGAGAGUGACGAAUAAGUGGAGAGAAUUCAUUAAAGAACAGAUCAAAAGGGCGAGGUUUUAUUUUAAACUAGCAGAAAAGGGAGCUUCUCAGCUUGACAAGGCCAGCCGUUGGCCAGUAUGGUCAUCCUUGAUGCUGUACAGAAAAAUAUUGGAAGCAAUUGAAGAAAACGAUUACAACAACUUCACAAAGCGAGCUUAUGUAAGGAGAUCCAAGAAACUUCUCACACUGCCUCAUGCUUACACCAAAGCUAUUUCGGCACCCAGUCUAGUCUUCCAUUGACUACAGAACCAACUUUGGAUCGCGUUGCUGUUUCCAAGGAUCAAGAACCGACGAAGUGAGGCUAUUCCAAUAUCCUCAGUUUCUUCUUUUUUUUCAUAGGAAACGACCUCAUCCAAAGAGAUUGCAGAAGAUAUCUUCAGAUGGUUAUUCUGAGAAAAUUUAGGUUCAAAUACUUAAAAGGGUCCAAAUUUCUCCUAUUGGUUACUUGCACAAACUUGGCUUGCUUUAAAGAACAGAUGCAUUAAUUCAAAGUCUGGAGUAAAAAAAACAUCAAUUUGUCGCUAAAAGAUUGCAGCCACAGGUUGACGACACUCAACAUAUACAGUGCUUCUAAUUGAGUAAUUGGACCUGAUAAUUGCUUGUUCAUUGAAUAUAAACCAAGCUGUUUGCUUGUUAUAAAUAAUAAUGAUUAAAAGCUAUCGGGAGGAGUGCACGGUAACAGAGGAAAUUAUGGGAAAGAAUAAUAAAGACACUCAUUAAAGGAAAUUAAACUGAUGGUCCAUCUGUAAACCCCCAAAAAGAAAACUAAAACAAAGCAUCCUACAAAAUAGUUAACAGAAAAAGCAGAGAGAACCCGUGAACCAGAGGAAAGGAAAAUUACAUUGAAACAAGUUACUAAAAAAAAGAAAAGAAAA